AAAUGAAACCAGAUUAUGCCUUCCUCCCAGCCCCCUCCUCCCAUGGCAAUUGUCAUGUGAUAGCAAAGAGGUGGCACAUUAAUGGAGCGCCUCUACAGGGGUCUUUUCUGCUCAUGUCACUACAUAAAACUAUCAGAUGGUUAGAGGAAGGCCAUGGAGGCAUCUACUUAGCUCGUCUUAUCAAGGACGCCAAAUGAAGUCUAUUCAGCUCUGCUAGCGGGACAAGCUGACUUACUUUGCGAGAAAGACUUACAGCAGCCGUCACUCCAUAAAUGUGCACCGUCCGCCCGCCUGCACACCGCAGAGGCGCAAGACCUGGCCGUUUUACGCGCAACGCAACUCCAGCACUGCCGGUGCUGAAACUUUCCUCGGCGGUUGUUUUCAUGAAGAGCGGCAAACCUUCGCCAAGGAAUUAAGGGAGACUACUUUUUUAUUGCUUUUCUGAAAAUAUCGAGGAUGCCUCGCCCAGGGAGAAACACGUACAGCGACCAGAAGCCACCUUACUCCUACAUCUCCCUCACUGCCAUGGCGAUCCAGAGCUGCCCAGAGAAGAUGCUGCCUCUCAGUGAAAUUUACAAGUUCAUCAUGGAUAGAUUCCCUUAUUAUAGAGAAAACACCCAGCGGUGGCAGAACUCCCUGCGACACAACCUGUCCUUCAACGACUGUUUCAUUAAGAUCCCCCGGCGCCCAGAUCAGCCAGGUAAGGGCAGUUUCUGGGCUCUGCACCCCAGCUGCGGGGACAUGUUUGAGAAUGGAAGUUUCUUGAGGCGCCGCAAAAGGUUCAAAGUGUUGACUUCAUCCGAUCAUUUGGCCCCGAGUAAGCAGUCGGAUGCUGCCCAUUACCUCCAGCAGCAAGCCAAACUGAGACUGAGCGCCCUGGCAGCCACUGGCACACACCUUCCCCAAAUGUCAACGUACAACCUCGGAGUGUCUCAGUCCUCAACUUUUAAGCAUCCUUUCGCCAUCGAGAACAUCAUCGCCAGAGAGUACAAGGUCCCGGGGAGCCUGGCGUUCUCCACCAUGCAGUCCAUGUCUGCCGGGUACCCGCUCCACAACCAGCUGACGACAGCCUGGCCCCACAUGUACAACACCAGCGUGAUUGACACGGCGGCGCCAAUCUCCAUGGCAAGCAGCGACUACAGUGCCUAUGGCGUGCCCCUCAAGUCCCUGUGUCACGGGGGACAGUCGUUACCGGCUAUUCCUGUGCCAAUCAAGCCCACCCCGACCUCCAUGGCCGGUUUCUCGGCGUUACCUCCACACAUCCCCGCGUUUCUAUCAAACUCUCCGCAGUCUCUGAGCCCGACGUCCCCACAGACAGCGACGAGCCAAAGCAGCCCAGCAACCCCGAGCGAGACUCUGACGAGCCCGUCCACACUGCAGUCUGUGGCUGUGCACUGACCGGCUGAACUCUCCCCAUGAGAACGAACUGCUGGCCCCUUUACCAAUCCCAAAGUUUAUAUUUUCUGUCGUCGGAAACUAUCAAGGCGAGUUGCAGUUGCAUAUCGAAUUAUUUGUGUAUGUGUUGAAUGUGUCGCUUUAAAAUUGUGUCAUAGAAGUCCAGCACAGAAUCGCACAGCGAAGUAUUGCUCUUGAAAAUAUAAAUUAUUUGAUAGUUCUAUUUUUCAGUUUAUUGUGAAAUAUGAGUGUUGAAAUUUGGAGCCACUGAUGGGGAUCCGGGGGGACACCAUUUGUUUUUGGCACCAUCGACUCUGAUUUGAAAUGCUUGCAAAAUUCCCGUGGCAGUUUUUCCUUUUUCCUCCAGUUUUUAUCAAAUAGCAAAACUUUUGCACCGUUUCUGUGUGACCACUGUAAUGUCAAUGAAAUUGCGAGGCAAUGGCUCUGUGUUUAUGUUUGCUUUUUUAAAAAUACUGGAAUGAUGGAUAAGGGUAUACCAAAUAGGACUAGGAAUUAGAUUUGUUCUUACCAUCCCUGUACAAAAAAAAAGACAAGCAAAACGAGUCAAAUCUUUUUCAAAAAAUGGAAAGUAGUAUUGUGAGACGUCCUCAAAAUGCAAGAUGUGAAUAUUGCAAAUAACUGAUACUGAAAUGUUGUAAAAUGCACUUUUUAGUUUUAUGUUUUUAGAUAUCUAUUUUCCAGAAAAAUGUUCUGUGAAGCAUUUAAUUUAAAAGGCUGUGGUGACCAUGUGUAUCAGAUGCUGUAAAUUUGUAUUUUUGUUUCUUUUUUUUUUUAGGGUAAA